UUUUUCAUUGUUUUUUCCGAAUUUCAAAUUUACCAUUUUACAAACAUCAAUAGUUUCCUGAACAAUUUUCUAAAUAUAAGCUUAUGGCACAUCCCUAUGAAUAGGCAAAUAAAUUAUUUUCUCAAAAAACUUUUUAGUUUUAAACGGAUAUUAAAACUUAGAUCCAACUGGACUUUCUACUAAAUUCAAUUAAGUAGCCCCUAAAUAAACAUCUACUCCUCUCGCAUUUAAAAUUUAAUAAAUUAAUUCAUGAUUAUCUGUAAUAAUAGGAUAAAGCCAAAAUGUUCUUCCUUAACAACUACUACCUGGUACUUAUAUGUCAUUUUUAACUAAUUAAUCUUAAGCUUAUUAUAAUUUUUUUACCUACAUUUGAUAUUUUACCUAGUUAUAAUCAUUAAGCCUUAAAUAUAAUAAUCCCAUCAUUGCUGUUGGCAUUUAUAAUCUAAAAGUUUCCAAAAAUUCUUUCUUAGCCUAAAAUCCUCGAACCAUUGAUACAAAAUAAUCCUUAUAAUCAAAAUUUAUCUUAGAGAAAAAAGGUCUCAUCAAAUUUUAAACAAAAGGCUUAUUCAAGCCUAUAUAAAUUGGAAUAUUUUUCAUUAUUUUCUUAAAGUAAAAAUAAGUAGUCAUUUCAGGAUAUUUUUCCAAUAUAUCCAUUAUCUUCCUAUAUAUAAUCUCGUUUUUUCUCAAUAUUCCCAUACCACCGCCAUAUGCAGUAAACGGUUUUAUUGUUCCGAACGAAAAGAGGCUUAAAUCAACUUUCGGAUUGCCAUUAUCAGUAGGCGAAGUGAAAGAUUCAGCCUAGUCUUCAAUGACAAAAACAUUUUUUUUUUCGCGAAAUCGAUUAAUUCCUCACUCUCGAAUUUCGCCCCAUAUAAAUAACUUAUUAAAGCCACCUUAGUUUUUUCCGUAAAAGCAUUCUUAAAAUCCUCCAAAGAUGGGCCUAAAGUUUUAUCCGAUAAAUCAACAGGAACAGGUAUUAAUCCAUGAUGCCUUAUUAUCUUGACCAUAUCGGGAAUAUUUAUACUUGUCAUAAUUACUUCAGAACCUAAAGGGAGGUUUAAUACUUAUAAAACUAAAUCAAAAGCAGUCCUUACAGAUACUGUAAGAAUUAAUCUUUCAUCAUAUGGAGAAUCUGAUUUUAAUAUUAUAUUCUAUAUUAGUGCUUAUAACAUUUGACGGUCA